GCCAGAACACGUGUUGUGUUUGAUCGGCGAGUAUAGCGGUGUUCGUUAUACGGGAUGCUCGAAAUGGCUGUUUGUAUUGUUGUUGCUAAGAGAUUUUGUUUUCAUCUGUUAGUGUUGCUAAGAGAUUUUGGCCUUCCUCUGCAGCGAGAAUAGGUGUGUCAUUGGGCUGCGGAUAGAUGUUGAACAACCCAUUGCUUGAUAAAUUACCCAUUGCUUAGAUUUCUCACUGUUGGCCCCAUAGCAAUUUAUUCUGCAAUGGCUGCAACUCAGCAUUUGUUUGUCUGUUAUUAUGUUUCCUCGUAUGGUUCAUGUUCUUCUUCUUUUUUGGCUUCAUGUAAGUAAGCAAUACAAUAGCAGUGUAUUCUUUGCUCACAGGGUAUGUGAAAUGUCAUUUUCAUGUUACAAUAAGUAAUGACUACAGCUGAUUAUAUGUCAAAUUAAUUAUUCAUUGCUGCAUUAGUGUGCUAGUCAUUAUACAUGAUGCAAGCCAUGUUUCAUGCUGCAGAAUUUCAGUAUUAGUAGAGUCUUUGACAGUUUGAGCUGUAAUUUUAGGCUUACUAAUAAUUUUUUUUGGUUCAUCUUAUAUGUUAUUUGAGCUACGAUGCCUCCUCUACGUCGGAAGCGUCACGUUGAGGUUGAUGAAGAGUACGAGGAAUUUGAAGAUGAUGCCGAUAAUAUGUUUGAUGAUAAAGAUGCUGAAGAAUUUGCUGAAGAUGAACCAGAAAGUCAAAGGGAUGAGGAAAUGCUUAAUGAUGAUGCUGUUUUUGGACUGUUUAAAAAGCAUUUCUGCAAUUCACUGAGGCAAAUGAUGAGAUCUGGUAAUGGUUCUCAAGCUGGACCCUCCAAUAUUGCAAGAAACAGAAGACGUAAUAGUGGCUGUGGUGUUAGUGAUGCUCAUGUUCGAAAGGUAGUCACAAGAUUAAAUGUGACCUACUUUUUUGAAAUUCUUGAAGCUUUGGAUGGGCCGAAACGUAAAGUUAUUGAGACUUACGGAUUUGGGUCAUUGCUGCACUUUGACUAGUGUGCCAUCCCUUUGGCUUUCUCUCGUUGGAUUGCUGACCAAGUUCAAGUUAGGAGUAGUGACAUUGUUGUCAGGAAUAAGUCAAUACCCAUUACUGUUAGAGCUGUCCAUGAUAUUCUUGGUAUUCCUAUUGGAGGAUCUUCAGUUACAAAAUGUGAUGCAGAGAGAGGGAAGAAGGAAUUUCUUGCAGUCUUGAGGUUGAGCAGACUGCCAAAUUUCAAGUAUUUUGGUGAUAAAUUGAAGAAAAAAGAUAUUUCUGAUGA